AACCUAAUUAUAAAGUACUAUCGUUGGUGAAAUACGGUAUCUUGUAAAACAAAAUAAUUUAAAAAAAAAAAAGACUUGUAAACACGUUUAGGAACAAGUUCGGGAUCUGUUUUUUGGUAUAAGCAAAUGACAAAAUGACAGAUGCUUCUCGAGAUUCGGAGAAAUGCCAAAGAAAAGGUCGCAUCGUUACUCAUGUUCUUGUUGCUGUAUUCGGUAUAUCUACGUGGAUUGGUAUUAAUGGAAUCUAUGUGCAAGUACCAGUACUUAUCAACACAUCGCCUGAAGGCUGGACUCUGCCGUCUUAUCUAGUGCUAGUAAUACAGGCUGCAAAUGUUGGACCUUUGCUUUACAUGAUUCUGCAACAUUUUCGGUGGAAGACGAACGAGCUUUGGUGGAUAUUAAGUUUAUUAUUUCUAGGCAAUUGCGCGAUGGGACUGUUGUCGUUUUUCUAUUCGAAAACAAUCGUUAUAAACGGAAACGAGUAUAGUCUCGUAUUAUUUAUUCUAGCGUUCUUCAACGCUUUGGUGGGCUGCUUCAGUUCUGUGCUAUUUAUGCCGUAUCUUCGCAAUUUUAACAAAAAUUAUUUAAUAUCGUUCUUCAUAGGGGAAGGCUUGAGCGGCGUGCUGCCAAGCGUAGUUGCCCUGAUUCAAGGAGUUGCAGACAACUCAGAAUGUACAGUCUCUAAGAACGAUACCAUGGAUGCCAUGAAAUCGAACUUAAUGUUUUCCUCGAGCGAUUACUUUUUUUUCAUAUUUAUCGUCCUAUUCUUAUCUUUAACUUCGUUUAUCGUGUUAGAGUAUUCGUCCUUAGUACAAAGAACAAGAGAUCUUGAUAAGUCUGACGAUACGAUAUCUAAUGAAACACAUGCAAGCAUUCCUAAUACGUCGGAUCAUAGGCAGGAUAGAAAACCUUGCCCGUUAACAGAACACAAGCUGGACUCGAUCCACAAUAAGGAUCUCGAGCCACAAAUACGACAUCUUUUAUAUGUACUAUUGACCGUUUGCUGCUUCUUCAGCAAUGGUAUUUUUCCUGGCAUUCAAUCUUACUCUUGUUUGCCGUAUGGAAAUGUAGCAUACAAACUGUCGAUCACAUUAGCUCAAUUUGCGAAUCCUUUGGUGUGUAUGUUAGCGUAUUGGUAUGCCAUGUUUGACAUGAAACAUAUUACUUACUUAACUAUAAUAUGUUCAUGUACUGGAAGCUAUGUUAUAUAUUUAGCGAUAAUGUCGUCUGCUCCACCGCUGCAGCAUACUACGAUCGGUGUUUUUCUAGUUGUGUCGGCGUGGACAAUUUUAAUAGGCUUGAUUUCCUAUUUGAAAUUAGCCAUAGUGUCUGUACUUAAAAAUUCAAGGCUGCCGGAGAUACUCGUGAAAGCGGGUGCUUUCAUGCAAAUAGGAUCCGCGAGCGGGGCUAUAAUUUCAUUUUUGGCAAUCAACUUGACGAAUUAUUUCAAGAUGAACGAUCCUUGUAGCUCGUGAGAUAAUAGCGCAAUUAUAUGAUAUUGCUGUGCACUUUUGGUGCGAGAACUGGUGAUUGAUGCAACAUUGUUGACGGGACAUCUUCUACUUAAUACAGCAAUUAAACCAACAAUUCAUAACAAUGACGAAUUAUCAGAAUAUCACAUUGAAUCGAAAAAAAGAAACGAGACACACAGAUAUAUUUUAUGCAUGAACAUAUUUUUGUAUUUGUACACAAGUGUUUGCAUUUAUCAACGAACUUAUCAUGGAUAUAGAUAAAUUUACAAUAAUAUAAAGACAAUUUGUGCAAAUGUUGAAUGCAUGUUGUGAAACAAUAUCGCGGAGAGAAAUAUUCCAAGACAAUGACUACAUAUUUAGUAUGAUUACUUACCUUUCCUUAAGUAUUGUCUUUCUAUACAAUAUAUUGAAGAGUAUACAAACAAAUGUAAAGGUUGUUAUAUUUAAAAAAGAAACGGCGUGUCAUAAUGCGAUUAUGAUCGCUUAAAUAUUAUUUUUACAUUACGAUUGUUAAUUGAUUUUAAAUCUAACAAUGCGCGUUGUGUUACGCCGUUUACGAGAAAAUGUAGCAAAAUCGAUCUGUAAAUUAAUAAAUCAAUUUAUUGUUUAAAAAAAAA